AUGAAUUUGGAAUCAAUUCAUUUGAAAGGAGGAUGUUCACUACUGUUAAAAGUCCACAAACCCUCAAUACCUUUUGUCCUCAAUACAAACCCACUUCUCAGUUCCAAUCCUCACAAUGAACAAACCCCAAACACAGUUAAGGAGUCUGAUGUUUUGAAGAGGUUAAGUCAUGAACAAGAAAUUUUGCAACUGAAUCCCGAAACCUGUAUUUUCAGUGUACCCAGUUGCUUAUUUGAUUGUUCUGAUCAUUUCCCAUCUUGGGUUUUCGAUAAUUCUGAGAGUUUUGAUGGGUUUCGGGUUUUAGGAGUCAUGAAUUUGGAAUCAAUUCAUUUGAAAGGAGGAUGUUCACUACUGUUAAAAGUCCACAAACCCUCAAUACCUUUUGUCCUCAAUACAAACCCACUUCUCAGUUCCAAUCCUCACAAUGAACAAACCCCAAACACAGUUAAGGAGUCUGAUGUUUUGAAGAGGUUAAGUCAUGAACGUGACAUCAAUGUAGCAUUAGAGUUCUUCAAAUCUGUAUCCAAUUCAAGAUCUUUCAAACACACCCCUCUGACAUACCAUAUGAUGGUUGAAAAACUGGGUCAUCUAGGUCAGAUGGAUGGUGUUCAAUACCUUUUGCAACAAAUGAAGUUGGAGGGUAUCAGUUGCUCCGAAGAUUUGUUUGUUAGUGUGAUCAAUUCGUAUCGUCAAGCUGGGGCUGCAGAUCAAGCGUUGAAAACCUUUUAUCGGAUGCACGAUUUUGGGUGUAAACCGACGGUUAAGAUUUAUAAUCACCUAUUGGAUGCAUUGCUUAGUGAGAAUAGGUUUCAUAUGAUUAAUCCAAUUUAUAGUAACAUGAAAGAAGAUGGGAUGGAGCCGAAUGUGUAUACUUAUAACAUUCUUUUGAAGGCAUUGUGUAAGAAUAAUAGGGUGGAUGGAGCUUAUAAGUUACUUGUGGAAAUGUCAAACAAGGGAUGCUCUCCUGAUGCAGUGAGCUAUACCACGAUUGUGUCGUCCUUGUGUAAGCUUGGCAAGGUGAAUGAAGCGAGGGAAAUUGUCUUGAGAUUCACCCCAAUUGUGCCUGUCUAUAAUGCUUUGAUGAAAGGGUUGUGUGGGGAAGGCAAAGUUGAGGAAGCGUUUCAGUUGAUGGAAGAGAUGCAGAAAAACGGACUUGGCCCAAAUGUCCUCACAUACACAACCAUCAUCAAUGCUCUUUCUGAUUUGGGUAGCAUUGAGCUGUCUCUUGCCCUUCUAGCCAGAAUGUUUGUGAGAGGAAGCAGUCCAAACAUUUACACCUUUGCUUCCUUACUAAAAGGGUUUUUUUUGAAUGGGAGAUGGUAUGAAGCUCUUGAUGUUUGGGACCGAAUGAUCAGGGAGGGAGUUUUGCCCAACACUGUCGCGUAUAACACACUGAUACAUGGUCUGUGCUCUGUUGGGAAUAUGAGCAAAGCAGUAUCCAUUGUUAAUCAAAUGGAGAGAAGUGACUGCUUUCCAAAUGCAACAACUUACGGUACCCUCAUCAACGGGUUUGCAAAAUCUGGGAACUUGGUUGGUGCAUCUGAGAUGUGGAACAAGAUGAUAACACGUGGUUGCCAUCCUAAUGAUGUAGUCUAUACCUGCAUGGUGGAUGCCCUUUGCAGGAAUCUAAUGUUUGACCAAGCCUAUUGUCUUGUGGAGAAUAUGGUAAUGGGAAAUUGCUUCCCAAGUGCAGUUAUAUUCACUCCAUUUAUUAAAAGUUUAUGUGCCAGUGGAAGAGUUGCUUGGGCAAUGAGGUUGUUUGAUCAAAUGGAAAAAUAUGGGUGCUUGCCUGAUGUAACGACUUAUAACGUGCUUUUGAAUGGUCUCUUCAAAGACAACAACUUCAAGGUGGCAUUUGAGCUUACUAUGGAGAUGGAGGACAGGAAAAUUGAGUUCAACAUAUUGACAUACAACACUAUAAUUUAUGGCUUCUGUUGUGUUGGCAUGCUUGAGCAGGCUCUAAAGGUCUUUGGGAAAAUGCUGGUCAGGGGUAUAAAGCCUGAUACUCACUCAUUUAACAUGGUAAUUAACGCUUUCUGUAAGCAGGGUAAGCUCGAAUGUGCCAUUAAAUUUCUGGAUGCAAUGAGAGCUGGAGGCUGGCGUCCAAAUAUAUUUGUAUACACUAGUCUUUUAUAUGGGAUUUGUAAGUGGAUAGGUUUAGACGAAGCCAAUAUUUAUCUUCAGAGAAUGUUAGAGGAAGGAAUUUGCCCCAACAUUGCUACAUGGAACGUUUUAGUCCGGUGUUUGUAUAGCAAUAUAGGGUAUGUGGGAGCAGUAGAUUGCUUUGACUGUAUCUUGGAUAAUAGAAGAAAUGAAAGAUAUUGA